GUCAACGCCAUUGAAGUGUGGAAAUACUCCAGCAGAACUGUAUCUGGGAAGACAGAUACGAAUUCAAUUUGACACACUCAAACCACCUAAAGUGGAUAGCCAACGUACCGUUCAAAGACAUGACGUUCGUCAAUUAAAGGAGGGAGAGAGAGUACAAACCCGUUAUUACAUCAACAAUAAAAAGUCAUGGAAAUUCGGUACAAUCAUCAAAAAGUUGGGUCACCUUCAUUACAUGAUCAAAUUAGACGAUGGAUAUAUUCUCAAGCGCCACAUAAAUCAAUUGCGCGCAACAAGAGUUCCAUCACAUACUCCAACAGCGAGUUCGACUAACACGUCAUCACAAGAUUGUGAACCAGAUAGUUGUUCCCCAAAUUUUCAGGACCUCGUACAGGUUCCAACGAAUACAGAGAAUCGUCCAAGGUCAUCUGACAGCGAAGGACACAACACUCCGGUAACAACAACACCCCGGAGAUCCGAACGGCAGCGUCGGGCACCAGCAUACUUGAAUGACUACCGACGUAAUACUUAA